AUGUCUGACGAAAGAACUUUUAUUGCUAUUAAACCAGAUGGUGUCCAAAGAGGUUUGAUCUCUUCUAUCUUGGGUAGAUUUGAACAAAGAGGUUUCAAAUUGGUUGGUAUCAAAUUGGUUCAACCAACUGAAUCUUUAUUGAGAAACCACUACGAAGAUUUACAAGAAAAACCAUUCUUCCCAUCUUUGUUAUCUUACAUGUUGUCUGGUCCAGUCUUGGCUACCGUCUGGGAAGGUAAAGAUGUUGUUAAACAAGGUAGAGCUAUCUUGGGUGCUACUAACCCAUUACAAUCUGCCCCAGGUACCAUCAGAGGUGAUUUCGCCAUUGACAUGGGUAGAAACGUUUGUCACGGUUCUGACUCUGUUGAAUCCGCUAACAAGGAAAUCAACUUGUGGUUCAAAAAGGAAGAAUUGGUUGAAUACAAACCAGCUUUGUUUGGUUGGAUCUACGAAUAA